CUAACAUCAAUUAAAGAGAAAAAAGAAAGAUUAAAACAAUGUAUUGAGGAUAAUCACGUUAUUGAUACUGACUUGAAAUACAAAGCACUAGAACUCGAAAAAUCAUUAGAAUGGGAAAAUCAAAAUUUACAAAAUCCUGAAAUCGACGAUGAGUAUAGAUACGCUGGAGUUGAAGAUCCUAAAAUAAUGAUCACUACCUCGAGGGAUCCUAGUUCAAAAUUGAAACAAUUUACAAAAGAAUUAAAAUUGAUAUUCCCGAAUUCGCAGAGAAUGAAUCGUGGUCGGUACGAAAUAAAAAUGCUCCUGGAGGCUUGCAAGGAGAAUAAAGUCACCGAUUUUAUCUUAGUCCACGAACAUAGAGGACAGCCAGAUAACAUUCAAAUAUGUCAUUUACCAUUCGGUCCUACGGCUUACUUCACCUUAUCGAAUGUCGUUAUGAGGCACGAUAUUCCGGAUAUAGGAACCAUGUCCGAAGCUUAUCCCCAUCUCGUAUUCCACAAUUUUAAAACUAACCUGGGUAAAAGGGUCACGAAUAUUCUCAAAUACCUAUUUCCGGUUCCCAAGGAGGAUAGUAAACGCAUCGUAACUUUUUUUAAUCUGCGCGACAAUAUCUCAUUUCGACAUCAUUCCUACAAGAAAGAAGACAAGAUCAAAUUGUCCGAAGUUGGUCCUAGAUUUGAAAUGAAAUUGUAUGAAAUCAAAUUAGGAACUCUUGACACUGCUCAAAUAUCUGAUUCAGAAUGGAGUUUAAAACCUUAUAUGAAUACCGCCAAAAAACGCCAGUUUUUGAGUGAUGAAUAAAGAUUGUAGUUAUAUUAUAUUAUAAAUGUUAU